AUGGCCGAGGAGAACGACAGAUUACCGCAGCUCAGAGCGGAAUUGAUUCACGCUCAGAAGGCUGCAGAGGGGGGCAAGGUCGAGUUUGAUAGAAAGAGGGCAGAGAUAUCCUCGGCCGAGGGCCGCUUGCGCAACCUGGAGCAGAACAGAGGGUCCAUCUGGGCUGCUUACGACAAGAAGAUUCCUCUCCUCCUCCAGGCUAUCGAGAAGGACAACGGGUUUCAAGAGAAGCCUGUUGGCCCAAUUGGAGCCCAUGUCCAACUUACUCGGCCCGAAUGGUCGCCCAUUCUGGAGACAAUCUUUGGUGCGACUCUGGAUGGCUUCCUUGUGUCCAACAAGACGGAUCAACAACGUCUGGCCAGACUGAUGCAGCAGGUGAACCUGGGUCGGACACCUCCGAUAAUCAUCGGCAGACGGUUGCCACCCAACGUGAAGCUAAGGGAACCGGACCCGGCUUUCGACACGGUUCUUCGCGUACUCAAAUUCGACAACGACUGGGUUCGCAGUCAGCUCAUCGUGGCCCAUACGAUCGACAAGAUUGUCCUGAUAAGAGAAAGGGCAAAAGCACAGGAUGUCAUGAUGAGCGAUUCACCACCGCCGAAUGUACAAGCUUGUAUUUCCUUUCACGAUGGCGCUGGAUUCCCUGACUCAUCUCCGGGAGACUUGCGGUCCAUCGAGCUGAAGCGGCGCGAGCUUGACCAAGCGGUUACGAAAUGCAAGUCGGCUCUGUCGACUCAAGACCAACAGAACCAAUCACUGGAGCGGCAGCUGCUGCGGGUUCAAGCCAGAAUUGAGAACAUCUCGGCAGAGCUCGACCAGUACGAAGGAGCUGACGGCAGACUAAUCUCGCUCCGGGAAGAGCUAGAGAAGAUUAAGGCAGAGCGAGAGCAUCAUGGUACCCAGUACGGCGAGAUGCGAUUACGGCAGGAGGAUCUUAACAAGAGAUGUGAAGAGUGCAAAAGGACGCUUGCCGAAGAAAAGGGGCGGAUGAAAGACUUCCAGGUCCAUAUCGCGAAGUUACAGCUCGCAGUCCAGAAAGCCGAAGACCUACGGAAGAUGGCUGUUUUGGAGAAGAACCGUGCCUUCCAGGACCGUGAUGAUGCGGUUCUGGAAAAAGAACGGGCAGAGACGAGGCGCGAUGAGCAGGCCGAGGUUGUCGCCAACUUCACCCAGCAGGCCAUGGAGAAGGCGCCGCAGCGAGUUUAUAUCGAGGAGGGUGAAACUCAUAAGAGCAUCGAGAGCAAGUACGCUACUGUUCAUCAACAGCUGGAGAAGAGAGCGCAGAAACUCGGAGCUUCGGAUGAGGAGAUCAAAGAGCGGGCGGCCAGGGCGGAAGCUGCAUUCGAAGCUGCGCAACAGCUGUACAAGGGGCAGCAGGAAGAGCAGGCGGCAGGCAAGCUCAACUUGGAAGACCGAUUGAAUCGGUGGCGGCUGUUCCAGCGACACAUCUCAGCGCGCGCUCGCAUCUGCUUCCAGUAUCUCUUGAGCGAGCGUGGAUUCAGAGGCAAACUUGCAAUUGACCAUCCUCAAAGGAGGCUGCAGCUUUUCGUGGAACCAGAUGAAACCAGAAAAGGGACUGGUGGUCGGAGCACAAAGACGUUGUCGGGAGGCGAGAAGUCAUUCUCGUCCAUCUGCAUGCUGCUGGCCAUUUGGGAGGCUAUGGGAUCGCCUCUUCGGUGCUUGGACGAGUUUGACGUCUUCAUGGACAAUGUCAACCGCACCAUCAGCACAAACAUGCUGAUUACUGCCGCUCGACGCUCAGUGUCACGACAGUACAUUAUGAUCACACCAAACGCGAUUGAGGGACGGGCCACACUCGACAAGGACGUCAAGAUCAUCCGUCUAAUGUUGUAA